AUGGCCUUCCGACAGCGAGUUCUGCCGCUUCUUGGUGCUUCGGCCGUGGGUGUCGGCAUCGGCUACUACGUCUUUGAUCCUCUGCUGCAGCAGUAUGCCAAGGACACCAAUGGCACCUUUGUAGCUGGUCCACCCGGCAGCAACUCGCUUCCGGACCUCAAGCCCCACGUCGGAGCCACGUCGGAGCUUCACGAACGUCCUCCCGUCGGCUCGUCUGCUGCUCGCGGCAUUUCGGGUCCGAUCGCACGCCCUGGCACCGACCUCAAACACAACGAGCUCAACCAGCUCCCCGGCAGCGUACCUUACGGAACCGUCUCCAAGGAGAUCGACCAGCUGCGUCGCAACGUCAACGAAAAGGUCGACCAUGCCGAGCAGAGACUUGAAGAUGCCAAGCACAACAUCGAGAACAGAUACCAGAAUGCAAAGGGCGAAGUCAAGAGCACCUGGCGAUCUGCCAAGGGUAGCGCCGAGGAUGCUGUCGACAGCGCUGCUGCACAGGCCGACAACGUCAAGCAGAACGCCAAGCAAGGCUGGUUCUCGGCCAAGGACACCGCUGAGCAAAAGGCCAACGAGGCUCAAGCUACCGCCAAGAAGGGCUGGUUCAGCACCAAGGAUAAGGCCGACGAAGCUGCAGAGCAGGCCAAGUCGGGCCUGUUCUCGGUCAAAGAUGCUGCUGAGCAAAAAGCCCACGAUGCUCAGGCUGCUGCUAAGAGGGGCUGGUUCACGACCAAGGAGAAGGCCGAGGAGGCUGGACAGCAAGUCAAGGCCGGCUUGUUCUCGGCCGAGGACGCCUACAAGCAGAAGGUCGAUCAGGCUGCUGACCAGGCCAAGCAAGGCUGGUUCGCCACCAAGGACAAGGCUGAAGAUAUCAGCGAGCAGGCCAAGUCUGGCUGGUACUCCACCAAGUCUGCCGCAGAGCAAAAAGCCGCUGAAGCUGAAGCAGAGGCCAAGAAGGGCUGGUUUGCCGCUAAAGACAAGGCUGCCGAGGCAGAGGAGCAGGCUAAAUCCAGCUGGUUCUCCACCAAAUCGGCGGCUGAGCAGAAAGCCGACGAGGCCGCCAAGCAGGCUAAGCAAGGCUGGUUUGCUGCCAAAGACAAGGCCGAAGAUGCUGGCGAGACGGCUAAGAGCUCGUGGUUCUCCACCAAGUCUGAGGCUGAGCAAAAAGCGAGCGAGGCUGCUGAUCACGCCAAGGCCGGCUGGUUCUCGGCCAAGGACAAGGCCGCCGAGGCUGGCGAGCAAGCCAAGGGCUCGUGGUUCUCUGGCAAAUCGGCUGCUGAGCAAAAGGCAGACGAGGCCGCACGGUCCGCAAAGCAGGGAUGGUUCUCUGCCAAGGACAAGGUCGACGAGGCCGAGCAGCAGGCCAAGUCGAGCUGGUUCUCCAGCAAGUCGGCUGCCGAAGACAAGUACGAAAAUGCCAAGGGCGAAGCGCAGAAGGGCUGGUUCAACCUCAAGAGCAAAGCCGAAGGUGCUGUCGAUGAUGCCGAGAGCCACGCCCAAAGCUACCGCGACCAGCUCGAGCACAACGCACAGCAGAAGAUCCUCGCUGCGCAGUACAACGCCGAGGUGCGUGCCGGUGAGGCUCGUGGCCACCUGCAAGGUGAACAGCUCAAGGGCGAUUACCGCGAUCUCAAGCAGACGGGCAAAGAGUGGAAGUCGGAGCUCGACGCCAAGGCACGCGAGGCGCGCAACCAGGCCGAGAGCGAGUACAACAAGCUGCGCAGCCAGUCGCAGCAGGGCUACAAGAACCUCAAGGACGAAGCCAACUCGGGCUUCUACACUCUCAAGGACAAAGCGGACAGCGGAUACGAGUCGCUUCGCUCCAAGACCGCUGACGGUCUUGAUUAUGCUGGAGACAAGCUGCACCAGGGUGCUCGUAAGGUCGAGGGCUCGCAGGAGCCUGAAUCGACGGGCCUGUGGAACUGGAUCUUUGGAAACGGAAGGGCCACCGAGAAGGUGGCUUCCAACCUCGAGUAA